GCGGUGGUGGUGGUGGCUGCCAUCCUGGGCAGCGGGGUGGCUGUACCAUGGACCCAUUCCUGGUGCUGCUGCACUCGUUGUCCACCAGCCUGUCGAGCAGCGAGCUGACGGAGCUCAAGUUCCUGUGCCGCGGGCGCGUGGGCAAGCGGAAGCUGGAGCUCGUGCAGAGCGGCCUGGACCUGUUCUCCGUGCUGCUGGAGCAAAAUGAGCUGGAGCCCAAGCGCCCUGAGCUGCUGCGCGAGCUCCUGGGCUCCCUGCGGCGCCACGACCUGCUGCGGCGGCUGGACGACUUCGAGGCCGGGGCGGCGCCGGGGGAGGAAGACCUGCGGUGGGCCUUUGACAUCGUGUGUGACAACGUGGGCAGAGACUGGAGAAGACUGGCCCGCCAGCUUAAGGUGUCUGAUGCCAAGAUUGAUGGCAUUGAGGAGAGGUACCCCCGAAACCUGAGCGAGCGGCUGAGGGAGGCACUGCGGAUGUGGAAGAAUACCGAGAAGGAAAAUGCCACAGCGGCCCAGCUGGUGCAUGCGCUCCGGGCUUGCCGGCUGAACCUGGUAGCCGACCUGGUAGAGGAUGCUCAGCCAGUGCCUGGGGCUGUGAAUGAGAGUGGGGCUAUGUCACCCAUGCAGUGGGACCCAACUGUGUCCUCCUCGGAAGCACCCUGACGACCCAGCCACCACACGUCAUAGCGGACCAACUGCUCCUUGAUCAAAGCCACAUCUGCUCAGGGCUUUGCACACCUGCUGGUUUCCCUCUCAGUCCCUCUCCCUGAAGAGCCCCUUGGUCUCAAGUCAGCAGGGCGUUGGAGCUGGUGGCAUACAGAGAGGCCAUGCGUUACUGCUGCUCCAUUCCCGUCACUGACAGGGAGCCUUGGGACCAGCACCCCAGCCCUACCCACCAUCAGCCAGAAAGGCACCCUGUCUCCUCGGUUCCUGGCCCCUGAGCGGAGACUGUAUUUAGGUAUGUGGCAUUAUGCCCUGUCAUGUCAGCUCUUACCAGGAAUGUGACUGUUCUGUGUCAAAGCCCCUCUUUCUAGUGUCAGAACUGUUGAUGUGACAGGCAGACAGCCUGCUUCUAAAGUGGUCUGUGGAGAAAGUGCCUUAAGCCAGUGAGGUGGCUCACAUUUGUAAUCACAGCAGUUGGGAAUCUCAGGCAAGAGGAUUGCUACAAGUUCAAAGCCAGCCUGGUCUGCUCUACAGAGUGUGACCUUGUCUAAAAAAAAAAAAAAAACAAGUGCCUUUCCUGUGGAAA